UUUAUCGUUUUAGUUGGGCUUGGGAAAAUUUUAAGUCAAGUCAUUCUGCAAUUAAAAUAGUAUUUUAAAUAGUUAUAGUUAUUAGUAGCUAUGUACAUAAUAUAUUUUAUUUUGUAAUUGAUAAUAAUUUAUUAAUUUUAAUGACUCGAAGUUUUUCAAUUUUAUAUUGAAAUAAUAGAUAGUUUUGCUAUGGCAUCAACAAAUUUUUUAGCGGUUAAAUCGCACCUCUCGCAAUUUAGAAAUAAUUCUGAUAAAGAUACCAUAAGUGAAGCUUCCGGGAGUGGAACUAGCAACUCGGUGACGUCAGCAGAAGACUUACAAAAAUUAGCAGUAAUACUUGGAUUAAAUAGUCCUGAGGAUGUUUAUCAAGAAAGAUUUCGAGUCGAUCGGCGACGAUUGGAAGCAAUGCUUGCAGAAAACCUCGAAGAAUCCCAAACUGCACAAGCCUUUUUUCAUAGGGUCAUGAAUGAUACAAACACGCUAAUAAACUGGCCCGCGCGACUUAAAAUUGGAGCUCGCUCAAAAAAAGAUCCUCACGUCCGAAUCGCUGGGCGGCCUGACGAUGUGAAACUAGCACGAGAGAAGAUUAUGCAGCUAUUGGAUACUAGGGGUAACCGGGUCACAAUGAAGAUAGACGUCAGUUACACCGACCAUUCGCACAUCAUUGGAAAGGGCGGAUUGACUAUCAAACGCGUGAUGGAGGCGACGGGCUGUCACAUCCACUUCCCGGACUCUAAUCGUACCAGUACGCAGGAGAAGAGCAACCAGGUGUCCAUCGCUGGGGACAUGGAACAUGUGGAGCGCGCCAGGGCUCGCGUACGGGCACUGACCCCGCUGGUGUUCAGCUUCGAGUUGCCCAUAGCGACAGCGCAGUCGCAGCCCGACAUCAACUCGCCCUACGUGCACCAGAUACAAGAGCAGUACAACGUGCAGGUGAUGCUCCGCAACCGUCCGAAGCUCCACGCGAACCUGCUGGUGGUGAAGGGCGUGCAGUGGGAGGUGCAAGCCACCAUGGAGGCCACCACCCUGCUCAUGAACUACUUGUGCGGACAACUAGCGCCCCAGACCCAAGUCCAAAUGUCCCUGGAGAUAUCGCCGAUGCACCACUCCGUGGUGAUAGGGCGCGGCGCCGAGCAGCUCAAGCUCAUCAUGAAGAGCACCGGGACCCAGAUCAUGUUCCCUGACGCCGAGGACCCCAACAUACCCAUGCUGCGCAAGAGCUGCGUCACCAUCACCGGCCAGAUCAAGGACGUCUACUCGGCGAGGCAACAACUGGUGGGCAGCCUCCCACUCGUCGUGAUCUUCGAUGUGCCGGACGAGAGUCUCCAAGCCGACAACGACAGCACCAACCGACUGAUGAGCAAGUUCAACGUAUACAUCACCGUGCGCCGCAAGCCCAAGCAGGGCAUCGCCUCCGUCGUCAUCAAGGGGAUCGAGAGAUGCGCUGGCGACAUCUACGAAGCCCGUCGCGAACUGCUCGGCGGCAGCGAAUCCUCAGUCAACGCGGAGAUCCCCGAGUCCUACAGCAUCCCCGCCCUCAACAAAACCAUGCCUAACUUCGGACCCUACAACCCCUUCUCACCAAGCCAAAUUGGGCCUAUGAACAACUCCCCAAGAUCGCCAUACAGCCUCCAACUAAUCACUGAUAUGGCUAAUUUUAACUUGGGCAACCCGAUAUACGGUCAUAACCCACCGACCCCGGGGGGUUAUCCCGCGCCGAUGUCCCCGUUAGCUGUGACCCCACCGAUGUACCCUGGGUGGGUGCUGCCGUCCCCGCCGCCUCGCUCUGGACCGUUUCACUUCCCGGCCAUGACCCCAGCGCCUGGGCCGGUCAUGUACAAGGGACAAGGGUCUUGGAAUCCGAUGUCCGGCACAGCAGAGGUACAGCCGUGUAUGCAAAUGACGCACGAUCCGAGACACAGCCAGAUGCUGAACAUGAGCUCGCAAGCCAGCAGCGGCUAUCAGAGCAACUUCACCGGCAGCUCCGUCUCCAUCGACACGCAGAACAUUUCCGGUGGUGACGGAAGCAACGUGGGCUCUCCGUCGGUGUCUCCGAUCAGCAAGAUACACAGCCCGUCGUCGUCUACAGACCCUGAGCGCACACAACAUGAUUUGGCGAACAUAAUUUCUGACCUGCCGAUAGCUGACCGUCGCGCGGUGGGCUGUGAGAAGAAAACUCUGGAAACGCUCAAGCUGUCCCCGCCUUCCGAAUACAGGAAGAUGCAGGCCGAAGCCAAUAAGGCCAUGCACGAGCCGGUGGGCGGCGGCUACCGCGUGCCCAACAGCCGCUGGUCCGGCUGCUACUUCAGCCACACCUCGCCCGGUACACUCAGCCUCAACGACGCUGAACACAUGACCACGCCCGAGAAGGGUUGGAAUAGAUCGGAGCUUUCCCGCCCCAACAUAAUGGUGACGUCACCGCAGCAAGCCACGCCCUCGCCGUCGAGCUCGCAGACAAAGAAGCCGUGCCGCUACCAGCAGCUGUACGACCUGCUGCGGGACACCGGCAUGGGCAAGUACAUUGAUCUGUUCCGAGAGCACGAGUUGGACAUGUCGACAUUCGUGUCUCUGUGCGAGGCCGACCUCAUAGAGCUCGGCGUCAAAGCCUUCGGCGCUCGUAAGAAGAUGCUGUUAAUCAUCGCCGACUUGCAAAAACAAUCGAGCGCCUUCAAAGGCAAUAGCGCUCCGAACGAGGUGAAAAUGAACUCUCCCCCCCAGUACAACACUUCGCUGGCGCAAAACAAGUGGUAGACUGCUGGAUGUGUCUACAAACACGACAUGAUAUAUACUUAUGAGAUUAACCCAGUGUGAGCGUACCUCUACCCUAUUGGUCAUAUUAUUUGGCAUUAUAGUUCGCUUUAUGGAUCGCAUCAAACAACUGAUCUGAAGUUCGUGCAAAUGCAGUCGUCAAACAUGUCAAAAUAGACAAACGUCUGUCUAUUUUGUCAUAUUCGUUACACGCAAGGUUAUUUAGGGCGAACUGUAUACCUAAAAACAUUAAAAAUGUAUUAAAUCUUGAUGAUAUGAAUGCCAUGUUAGCUGCAUAAUCAAAUAACCGAUGGGAAUUUCGUGCAAAUGAGUUGUAAAAAUUAGAUAGCUUCGUUACACAACAUUAUAUUUUGACAUAUUCGUUACACUACAAAGUUAUUUGGUGCGAACUGUACUUAGAACAUUAUAGAAGUAUUAAUAAAUCUUGAUAAUACCAAUGACAUUUUAGCGGUUCAUUGCGUGUUCGAGAAAAUCAAAUAAUAAUUAUUGAUUAUUACGAAGCUUUGGUGAUGAAAUCAAACCAAUGAUGUUGUAAUGUACUUUACGAAGCAAAUUCACUUGAUGUAAUUUGUUUGUUUACAAUGUAUGAAAUAGUACUACACUUUUUCUCAUUAUAUAGUCUAAGAGAGAGCGGUAGAGCCGAGAAAAGUACGAGUAUUUAUCUCGUUCCUGCUCUCGAAUAAAUGAUUUUAAGUUUUUAUUUAAUUUUAUAAAAUUGUGUCAGAAGGAAAGUGUGGGAAGUUUUAUAUGAAUUAUUUUUUUCGACUAGCAAUACAAAAUAAUGUGUGACCAAUGCACGUAAAUCUUGAUGUGCGACAUUUUUUUUAAAUUUAGAAAGUUACACGCAAACGCAAUAAUUCCAACAAAAUUACUUUAAGAUAUGAUACGAUUUUUAACAAAGAUUUUUAUAAGUUUUUAAAUAAUUUAUUUUUUAAUUGACUUGAAUAAGAUUCCAGGGUCAAAUAACUUAAGAGAUUUUGUUUUUUGGAAUUAUUGCAGAAAAAUACGCUCACAUCUAAAAAAAAGGGUUUUAAAAUUGUAUAAAGUUUUAAUUAUCGUCUAAAAGACUAUUAUAAUUAAUCUCAUAAGUGUUUUUUGUAACCUAAUGUUUUUACGAAUAAUCUCAAAUAACGUCAACCGUCAAAACUGUUUAUUUGAGCUACAAUAAAAUAAAUAAAAGUCCAUAGUAUAGGUUAAUAUAAAACUCAAACAGUUUUGAUAUUUUACGUUAUUGGAAAUAUAAUAAGCAAUCGUAUCAAAGCUCAAGACUGAUUGACUAGCGUUACAGUAACAAAGUUACGUAUUGAACUCGACUGAAUGUAAUGUUCAAGACUGGUAAAAUAAUAUCAAAAAUUAUUUUGUUUGACAAAAAAAGCAUGUGUUCUUGGGGCAAGUUUUGUGCCCAAAUUUAGAACCGUGACCAGUCUACGAGCUGGUAAGUGAUCAUAAUUGAUUUUUAAAAGUUUUUUUUUAAUGUAUUAUGAGUUUUAUUUUUUUAUAAAAUAUUUUAUCUAAGCUUAAAGCGAUUCGACAAUUAAAUGAUCUCUCAUAGACUCGAAUAUUGUUGAAGUAAACGUGCCUGGUGCCGUUAAUAUAUUAGAUUUAAGUUUUUUUUUUAUUAGAAUUAAGCAAUCAUUUAUUCGCGGGAACUUGCAUGAUUUUUUUAACUUACCUCCUUUUUUUUGAAAAGCAUUUUAAACGAAAACAUUGAAUAUUUAGACAGUUUAUGAAUCAUUAUUCUUUUAAUAUAAGUAUAUCAUCACAGGUUUUAAUUUUUGAUUACUAUUUUUUACAGAAGUUUUCGUGUCCAUUGUUUUGUGCAGUGUUGCCAAUUGAUAAAUCUUUUAUCGUCAUAUUUUGAUUAAUAUGUUUUUAAAAAGACAAAAUCAUAAUUGGCUAGUGACAGUCUCAAUUGAAAAGUAUUGUAGAAAAUCUUGGACUCCGUUUGACUCAAAUCAGAAAUCUCGUUUACGAGGACCAUAUAUAUUUUCAGCAACUAUUAAUAGUGACAAAUGACGUAAGCACACUUAUAACAUGCGACGCUUGGGCGACAAUUCAAAUCGUAAAUAUUUUAAAAACUAAAAAAAAAAAAUUAGUGUGCCAUUGUUUUUAAGAUAUCACAAAAUAUCAAAAAUGUGAAUUGACGUCGCAAGAGUCACGUGGCGUGUUGUGAAUGUGUUUCCAGCCUUUUGGUCGCAUUGCUGAGAGGAUUUUAAUCGAUUAACAUUUUUUUUUUAUAUUUACUUUAUUAUAUUUACAGAGAUAAGUGCAUUUCUGAUUUUAACCCCAUUAACAUGCUAAUUUAUGAAUGCUAUUUUUUGUGUUUUUUGUUUAGGUUUAUAUAUUUGAAAAAUACAAAAAGACUCAAGUUAUUGUUUUGGUACAUAAUGAUUGCGUUCUUUUAAAAAUCUUUCAUGAUCAAUUAAUAUAUUUUAAUCUCACCAUUGAUGUAAUUAAUGUCACCAUUGAUUUAUGUAUCAAUUCAUAAACUUUUUUUUAUAUUUCGCUUACGAGAUCUUUUUUUAUAUGUAAUUGUUUUAAUCAUGAACAUGUGAUUAUGAUUUACAGUUUUAAAGUUUGAUUACGUGAUGUUUAGAAAUUAGUUUAAGUGAUUUUGAUAAUUUAAGUUGAAAAAGUUUAGUAGUGAAUGUAAUAUUAUAAGGCAUUCGUUAAAAAUAUGAGCUAGAAGAGUUUAAUUAUUCGUUCGGUUUCAGUUGUUUUUUUUAUUAAUUUUUAGAUUUUAAAGAAAUUUUGCAC